AUGCGACUUAUUAUUCGGCAAGAUUAUGAAGAAGUUUCCGCCUAUUCAGCGUAUUAUGUGAAAGAAAGAAUUAAUCAAUUUAAACCAACUAAAGAAAGACCAUUUGUUUUGGGAUUACCAACUGGAUCUUCACCUAUUGGUGUCUAUCAUAAACUUGUAGAAUUUUAUAAAGCAGGUGAGCUAAGUUUUGAACAUGUCGUCACUUUUAAUAUGGAUGAAUAUGUUGGUUUACCAAGAGAUCAUCCUCAAUCAUAUCAUACAUUUAUGUGGAAUCAUUUAUUUAAGCAUGUCAACAUUAAGAAAGAAAACGUACAUAUACUUGAUGGCAAUUCAGAAGAUCUUGAUAAUGAAUGCUCAAAGUUUGAAGCAGACAUUGUUAAAUUAGGUGGAAUUGAAUUAUUUUUAGGCGGAAUUGGACCUGAUGGACAUAUUGCAUUUAAUGAGCCUGGAUCUUCAUUAACAUCAAGGACUAGAGUCAAAACAUUGGCAUAUGAAACAAUUAUUGCCAACGCACGAUUCUUUGGUGGAGAUGUUUCUAAAGUUCCCAAACUUGCUUUAACAGUAGGAGUAGCGACGGUAAUGGAUGCUAGAGAAGUCUGUGUAGUUAUUACGGGUGCACAUAAGAGUUUAGCAUUAGCAAAAUGUAUAGAGGAGGGUGUAAAUCAUAUGUGGACAGUUUCAGCAAUACAAAUGCAUCCAAAAGGACUAAUUAUAUGUGAUGAAGAUGCAACCUUAGAACUCCACGUUAAAACUGUACGUUAUUUUAAAUCAAUUGAGCAUGUACAUCAAUCAAUUAUUGGGCCCCAUAAUCUUGGUUUACAGGGAAAUUUAUUAAGAAAUAUGGUGGAUACAAACCAAGCUGCUAAACGACGUAGACGUUUAAUGCUUCAAAAUUUGUUAAAUGAUGAAGAUGAAUAUACUACAGCCACAAAUACCACGAAUAAUUCGAUUUCUUCUAAUGAUGAAGAUAACGUUCGAAAAAGACAGAAGCAAGUAUAA